UUCGUGGUGCGCUUCAGAAAAAUGACGGAGGCCGAGCUGUACUCUGUGUAUAAAGGUGUGUACGUGCCGAAGGACCUGCAUCCUCCAGAAAGCCUGAAAUACUGCGAGGACUUCGCUUUCCGUCCAGACGACGUCCUGAUCGUCACCUACCCCAAAUCCGGAACAACAUGGAUGCAGGAGGUGGUUCCUCUGAUCGUGAGCGAGGGUGAUCUGACGCCGGUGCUGACCGUGCCGAACUGGGACCGAGUGCCAUGGCUGGAGGAGCACCGGGCCAUCCUGCUCGGUCUGGAGCAGAGACCUUCUCCGCGCGUCUUUGCGACUCACUUCCAUCGCCACAUGAUGAACGAGUCCUACUUCAAAACCAAGCCCAGGGUUCUCUAUGUCAUGCGUAACCCGAAAGACGUGUUCACUUCCUCGUUUCACUACUACGGAAUGGCCUCGUACCUCGUGAACCCAGGGAGCCAAGACGAGUUCAUGGAGAAGUUCCUCGACGGGACAAUCAUAUUCGGCUCCUGGUUUGAUCACGUCAAAGGCUGGAUCGGUGCUGAAGAACAGGAAUCCAUACUGCACAUAUUCUACGAGGAGAUGAUCGCUGACCUGAAAGGCUCCGUGGAGAAAAUCGCCAAGUUUCUCGGUAAACCUCUGAGUCCGGACGUGACGGAGAAGAUCGCCGAGCACUGCGUCUUCAAGAACAUGAAACAAAACAAAAUGUCCAACUUUUCUCUGGUUCCGGAGCAAUACAUGGACCAGAAAAAAUCGGAGUUCAUGAGGAAAGGAAUCGCCGGUGACUGGAAGAACCAUUUCACCGAAGCCCAACAGCAGCGAUUUAAUUCGGUAUACAAAGACAAGAUGAGAGACGUGAAAUUCAAAUUCACGUGGGACUGAAAAAACGCAUGCAUUUAAUCAGAUUUGCUUCUUAUAAAUCUUUGAUGCACAUUCACAACAAGACUUAAAAAAAAAAAAUAUUACAAGACAAUUUUGCAAAGCAUUUUGAGUAAAAACUAUUAAAUAAACAAUAGUUGCAUCUAUACUAUUAAUUAUUCUUGUUAUGUGUAUCAUCCUUACGUUGCACUUGAGUUUUACGAUUAAAGAUAUCACUGAAAAUUAA